AUGUCUUGGAUUGAAGAGUGCGCUUCACCUGUGCCGUAUCACAUUUCACGCCCAACGCUUACAUCAAAUUCGGUAAGCGAUAACAUAUCCCCAAAUAUAGCUGCAGCAACAACUAGUACAGUGACUUCUUUGACAACCUCAAAUGCGCCAACAACAACAACCACAAACACACCGGUACCUGCCAACUGCACAGCGAUGUCAAAAAACCGGCCUAUUCUUGCUGAACAAGCACAAAUCGGCUUGAGUGAAAGCACUUACACUGGCAACAAAGCUUACGCAUUGAAUGAAAGGGAGCAACGUUAUCAAAUGAGGGUUAAUCGACGACGGUUAAGAGAUGAAUCUAACCCCCUAAGUACGCCUGAUUCAAUAUUUAUUGCGAACUAUCGUUUUAGUAAGAGUGCUUUUUUAGAAGUAUUGAACGAGAUAACUCCAUUUGUCAGGGAAACAUCUAUACCGUUACUUAUCAAGCUAGCAGCCUGCCUUCGAUUCCUCGCAGAAGGCUCAUUCCAAUGUUCUGUCGGCAAGGAUACUGACAUUGCUUUGAGUAGAAGCACAGUAUCUAAAAUAUUGUCAGAAAUUAUCAAUGCUUUGGAAACUGUGCUGUGUCCUAAGUGGAUUAAGUUGGACAGAUCGGCGGAGGAUUUGAGGAAAUGCAAACUACAUUUUGUGGAAAAAUUUGAAAUCCCAGGUGUAAUUGGCUGUAUUGAUGGAACUCACGUAGCGUUAGUAAAACCUUUGGAGAAUGAGCAUCUUUUUUAUAACAGAAAAGGUUACUUUAGCAUAAAUGCAAUGAUUAUUUGUGAUUCCGAUAUGGUUAUACGAGCAGUAGAUGCAAGCCGGCCUGGAUCAAGCCAUGAUGCUUUUGUUUUUAAUAUGAGUAAUGCAAAGCAACAUUAUUUGUCAAAAUAUGAAGCUGGUGACCGCGGAUCCUGGUUACUUGGUGAUUCCGGAUUCGGAAUAGAAGCAUUUUUAUUGACACCGUAUAGAGAUCCUAAUCCGGGAUCACCACAACAUAGGUUUAAUCUCCAACAUGCCAAAGCUCGUAAUAUCAUAGAGAGA